AUGGCAGCCGUCGCAGCACAAACACCAGCCGGUGAACAAGUUGACUUGUCAACUAUUCCAGUCUCACCUGAAGGAGCCAGCAAUUCAAAUGAAAACACCAAGCCAGCCACAGAUGGUGAACAAAUUACUGUUUUUCAUGAUAAGGAUAACUUCAAUGUCAAGCAUCCUUUGAUGAACAAAUGGACUUUGUGGUUCACAAAACCACCCAGUGGAAAGGGUGACAACUGGAAUGAUCUCUUGAAAGAAGUCAUCACCUUCAACUCUGUUGAGGAAUUUUGGGGUGUCUACAACAAUAUCGCACCAACCUCUGAACUCGCUCUCAAAUCCGAUUACCAUCUGUUUAAGGAAGGCGUUCGACCAGAAUGGGAGGAUCAGCAAAACAAACACGGUGGAAAAUGGUCAUAUCAAUUCAAGGAAAAGCGCAAUGUUCCUAUUGACGAACUUUGGCUCCACGUCAUGUUGGCAGCUAUCGGAGAGACUCUCGAAGAAGAGGAUGACGGAGAGGUGAUGGGUGUUGUUGUCAACGUUAGAAAGGGAUUCUACCGUGUUGGUGUCUGGACUCGCACAAUCGGCAAGAGCAUUCCUGGAGGUGGAGAUGGUAAUGGUGCUGGAGGAAAGGGAAGAUCUGCCGAGAAGGGCAAAGAAGUUCUAAUGAACAUCGGCAAAAAGUUUAAGGAAGUCUUGAAGCUCCCAGCAUCCGAAGCAGUUGAAUUCUCUGGACAUACCGACAGUGCACACAGUGGAAGUACUCGUGCGAAGGCUAAGCAUUCAGUCUAG